CAACCACUGACCUCCCCUGGGAGCGUCUGUUCCUCCCGCGGCUCCAGCGUCCCCGGGUCGCCCUCCAGCAUCGUGGCUAAAAUGGACAACGAGGUCCUGGGCUACAAGGACCUGGCUGCCAUCCCCAAGGACAAAGCGAUCCUGGACAUCGAGCGCCCCGACCUGAUGAUCUAUGAACCCCAUUUCACUUAUUCCCUCAUGGAGCACGUGGAGCUGCCCCGGAGCCGAGAGCGAUCCCUGUCUCCCAAAUCCAUCUCUCCUCCUCCAUCUCCGGAGGUCACCUCCAACCUGGGGAAGCUGAUCCUGAAGGAGGAGAUGGAGAAAUCUCUCCCCAUCCGGAGAAAAACCCGUUCGCUGCCAGACCGGACACCUUUCCACACGUCUCUGCACAUGAGCAGCUACAAGAGCUCCUCGCUGCCCACCUCUGGCAGGAGCACACUNNUGCAGCUGCAGUCAGCAGAGUUCAACUCGGCCUGCAGCGAGAAGAGCAGCCCAG